UACAUAUAAACAUAUAUGUUAUGUGUGACGACUGUGUCAUAUAUCGUACAGCUUGCAAGCAACACUACAUUUACUUACACACACUCUCUCUCUCUCUCUAGAAACUAGCUCCACUUGUGGCUUCUUCUUCUCCACUAUUUUAAUCUCUGCUCUGCUUUUAUUUUUCUUCACCUAUUGCUCUGUUGACCGUCGGUCCUAUGUAAUAUAAGUUUACUCGUACAUUAUUUAGCACAAAGACUUUUGUUUAAAAUGAUGGAGCACAAAUCAUGGCUUUGGAAGAAAAAAUCAAUUGAGAAGACGAUGAUUGCAGCUGACAAGGCGGGCAGAGGGAAUGAUGACGAGUUGCAGGGAAUUUUGGCCUAUGAGGCUGAGCUUGAGAGAAACUUGAAUAUUACAAAUGAGAAGCUUUCGACAGCGCUUGCUGAAAUCAAUGCUAAAGAUGACAUGGCAAAAAAACAGACAAACAUUGCACGAGAAGCCAUUCUAGGAUGGGAAAAGGCGGAAGCGGAGGUUUUAGCACUUAAACAGGAACUGGAGAAAACAACACAGCAGAUGGUAGCCAGUGAGGAGAGGUUAUACGGCGUGGACGCAGCAUUAAAGGAGUGUAUGCAGCAGCUUCGUUUCGUUCGUGAAGAACAGGAAAAUCGGAUUCAUGAUGCGGUGAUGAAAACAUCACGAGAAUAUGAAAAAACGAGAAUUGCUUUAGAAGAAAAGUUAUCAGAAUCUAAUAAACGUCUUUCCAAAUUAACUUCUGAGAAUACUCAGUUAACGAAUGCUCUUUUAUCGAAAGAAAAAACAAUUGAUGAACUACACGCAGCCAGGUGUCAGUUAGAUUCCGAUUUAAGUGCGGUUAUGAGUAAAUUGGAGUCAACGCAGAGAGAUAACGCUUCGUUAAGUUAUGAAGUUAGAGUGCUGGAGAAGGAGCUGGAGAUCAGGAAUGAAGAGAGAGAUUUCAACCGACGAGCUGCUGACGUGGCACACAAACAACACCUUGAGAGUGUGAAAAGGAUCGCAAAGCUGGAAACCGAAGCGCAAAGACUACGGAUCCUUGUACGAAAACGGCUGCCGGGCCCCGCUGCUCUGGCGAAAAUGAAGAACGAAGUUGAAAUGCUGGGAAGAGAUCCAACGGAAACUUCUAGAAGAAAGUCAAACCCGUUUGACCAAACUUCGGAGAAACAAAUUAACUUUCUAACUGAACAGUUGUGCGCACUAGAAGACGAGAACAGAGUUCUUAAGGAAUUCAUCAACCGAAAUACAAACGAGCAGUCAAAAAGUCAAACUUCUAGGAGUCUUGUCAUGCAUCAUGAUUUUCCGAUACUUGCUUCAUCUUCUGACAUAGGUAGUGAUGAAAAGGCUAGUAUGGCUGAGUCGUGGGCCCCAUCUUGCAAGACGGUUGAGGCUUCGGAUAUUGGUCUGAUGGAUGAUUUUGUCGAGAUGGAAAAGUUGGCAAUAGUUUCUGUUGAGAAACCGUUAACAACUUCUAAUCUCGUGUCGGAAAAUCACUCGGACUGGGUUGAAAAUAUAUCAAAAAUUAUUUCGGAACAUUCUAGAAUCACACAACGACGUUCUAGUGAUGUGAUUGAAGAUAUCACAGUUGCUCUCACACAAAAAGGCGAUGAUAUUCCCCGUAAAUCUAUGAGCAAUGAAGUGUUCGGUUCUGAUAUGAACAGAUCGAUCGAGAGGCUGAUUGAACUAAUUGAAGGGCUCAGAUUGUGUGGGAAGGAUGAUAGUUCGGAAACACCAACGGGAUACACGGUUCGUGUUCUUCAGUGGAAAACUAGCGAGCUUGGUGCGGUUUUAGAGACGUUUCUUCAGAGUUGUGUGAAUUUGCUUAGCGGGAAAGCGGAGUUGGAAAAUUUCACCAAAGAGUUGACUUUGACUCUUGAAUGGAUAGUCAACCACUGUUUUUCACUUCAAGAUGUGUCUAGCAUGAGGCAUGAAAUGGAGAAGCGUUUUGAUUGGGACGAAACUCAGAACGAGAAUGAAGCGGAUAAGUUGCAACUGAAGGAAGAAACGAAGAAUCUGAAAGAUGAGCUGGAAAGAGUGGAACUUGCGAAAAUGGAUUUGGAACGUAAACUCGAAUCUGAAAUUAGUAAGAGCGAGAGUAUGAUUGUUAAACUCGAGGAAUCAGAGAAAAUGAUUGACGGUCUGAAAGUGGAGGUUGAGUUGCUAAAGCAGCAGAAGGAUAUAAUUGAAGAUCAAAUGAAUGUAGAGAUGAAGGUGAAAGAAGAUCUUGAUGAACAACUCAUUGAGGCCAUUGGUGAUUAUAACGAUGCAUGUAAAAUAAUAUCUAGUGAAGAAAUGGAGGCCGAAAGUAUUGAUGAACCCACGCUGAUCGUGUCAAAAAGCACCAUAAAAGAAGACGUACAAAACGGCGAGUUAGACCAUGAUGAAAAGAGGCUUCAAAGUGAGCUUGAAAUAAUAGCCGCUUCAGAAAAACUAGCCGAGUGCCAAGAAACCAUUUUAAGCCUCGGGAAACAGUUAAAAGCGUUAGCUUCACCAAGAAACACAUCCGUCCCAGAACAACUUAGUUCUAACCCGACUUACGAAUCCCCACCGCCAACACCACCACCCAUAACCGCUAAAACAAACCACCAGCGGGUCUCUCUACUGGAUAAAAUGAAGGCGGACGACGAAGAACAAUCAAAGCCCAAAGAGAUUACGCGUACCAUAACAUCACCGGCGGUCAUGGAUGGUAAUGCUAAGGAUGUGAAAGUCAUAUCCCCACAGAGGUUUAUGAGUGUAAAUGGAAUUAAACAUCAAGAAGAUGAAGAAGCUUUGGUAAAUUUUCUGUCUAUUGUUCCCAGUAAGAAGAAAAAGGGUGGAAUGCUGAGGAAAUUACUUUGGAGAAAGAAAAAAAGUAACAAGUGAAAAUUAGUGUGGUCCUUGUAUUAAUUAGUAGUGUGGGAAUAAUGUGAUUUGGUUUUGACUAUAAUUUCUUCAGAGAGAGAGAGAGAGAUGGUGUUUUUUGUGCUAAUGUGAUGUGUACAUAUAACUGUAACAUAAAGAAAUGGGAUUUGCUUUUUGAAUAAAGAUCUUAUGAUUUUAUCUUGUUAUACAAA